GAAGGAGGAACACAGUCGUUAAGAAACGUCGACCAGACCCGCGCCACUUGUUUAUUUCUCCUUUUAACCUUUAACGUCUUUUGUUUUUCCACAUACAUUGUUGGUAGAAACACCUAAUCGAUUAAAACGUCGGAAGCCGCGAUGGCGUCGCCGCUGGAGAUGACGGAGAUGUACGACAACGCUCUGCUGGGAAUCCUGCAGCAUGUUGGAAACAUCCAGGACUUUCUUCAGAUCUAUUUUGGGUUUUUGUAUCGCAAAACGGACUUUUAUCGCCUGCUGUCCGGUCCCAGCGACAAGAUGGGCUUCCCCCCCGGUGUGGCGGAGAAGAUGGUGCUCAAGACAUUUAAGCUGUUUGGGAAGGUGGCAGAUCAGGACCGAGAGAGACAGUUGAGCGAGGUGCAGAAGAGAGCGGAGAGUCGCUGUGUUCCUCAAUCAGUUCAGGAGCUGGAGGUCGCCACUGAGCCUCAGGAGGAGACCGAGGUGCAGAGCGCCACGGCAGAACAGACGGAGAGCUCCCCGUUGGAUGCCGGACAUGUUUCAGCCCCGGCAGCCUCAGAAGCAACAGCUCCAGAGCCGGUCGCCCAGGCAGACCAUGCAGCAGCAUCCAGCACAAACUCAGCACAGCAGAGUCAGGAGAAAUUUCAGUGUGAUCCCGACAGUUACAACGGGGCCGUGAGGGAAAACUAUAGCUGGUCUCAGGACUACACUGACGUGGAGGUCCGCGUGUUUGUGCCAAAGACAGUUGUUAAAGGCAAACAGGUCAGCGUUAGUCUGCAGACAAGCAGCAUGCGAGUGUGUGUGAGGGACGGAGCCAAGGAGGAAACGCUGAUGGAGGGAGAAUUCAUGCACAAGAUCAACGUAGAAAACACUCUGUGGAGCCUGGAACCUGGGAGCUGUGUGGUCCUGUCCCUCAACAAGACCUCAGAGGUUUGGUGGAACGCCGUGUUGAAAGGUGAGAAGGAGAUCGACAUCAACGAAAUUAACCGUGAACGCUCCAUGGCAUCGGUUGACGAGGACGAGCACGCCGUGUUGGACAGACUCACGUUCGACUACCAUCAGAAGCUGCAGGGCAAGCCACAGAGUCAUGAAAUGAAAGUGCACGAUAUGCUGAAGAAGGGCUGGGACGCUGAAGGCUCUCCCUUCAGAGGGCAGGAUUUCGACCCGUCCAUGUUCGACAUCCCACCCAACGCGGUGCAGUUCUGAGACACAGCCAAAUAUCAGCCAAGUUUGAACUGGAUCCUAGUUUAUUUAUAGAAGUGCUUGUAGUAAAGACAUUUACCUGCUGGUCUGCUGUGUUGGAGGUUUGUCCUUAACUCUAAGAGCAGAACUGAAGCUGCCUAUUGUGACGAGGACUUUUUAUUAUACGAAACCUGAUAAUUAUGUUGACUGUGCCCAAUCUACAGUGCCUUGUCUGCCCUACUGAGGUACUGUAUUCUUUUUUUUCCCAUUUCUAUUCUCAUGGCACUGCCCCAAACUACAUUGAAUCAUCUGUCAUUAUAACUGGUAGUCACUAUUAUUUCCAUCCUUCUCAAACUGAUGGGAGGAGAGCCCACCUCUGUCUUCUAUCUGAUCAGGAUGAUAAUAAUAAUAUAUCAGAUGAAGCUGUAUAAUGAAGAAUGGAGUAGUUUUAAUCUCUUAAUUGCAUCUGAACAUUUGAUAGGCUCGUUUUCUUUCGGGAUUGAAAAUAAAGCAAGAGUAAAUUGAAGUCCGUUUACCUACAGUAGAAUGUCUUGCGGCAGAUUAUUUUUUCCAUUUCAGCCAAUUUCCUCAUUUCAGCCCCGUUUAUAUAUUUAUACAUCAUUAAUAUUUUACAUUGAUUACACACAAAUAAAAUGAACUUUGAAAGAAAUUCUAAUUCUGAAUGUUCAGCCAAUGUAGGGUCAAUCUUCCAUGAUCGAUCCUCGAACACAUGAUCACUGAAGAGCUGCUCUUCAGACUGAUAUGUUCACUAUGCAGUGAGCAGGAGGAAGUGACUUGCUCGUGAAAACCCUUAGUUUACCAGGUUGUUAACGUUAACAAGUUAUUUAUUUUGAUCCAGAUCCUCGAUACUGACCUGAAGGCAUAGCUACCUAUAAGCCCUCAUCAACGGCUGCAGAGGUCUGCCAGUCGUGAUGAAUUCAGCUAGACAGUGCGUUUUUGCCUUGUUUGAGUCUUGAUUAACUAAAAUAAGGAACAAAAUAAGCAAUGACCAGUGGAAAGGCUCAUUAUAAAAAUUUGGGGGGAAAUGUUAAGCAGAAAUAAGUGUUAAGAGGUCGCUCGACGAUUACCUUGACGAAAUCCAUGGCAGGUCUCUUCAUGGUAAAACAAGAGCUUUAAAGACAGAUAGUUAUAGUAAAGGAGGGAAAGUAAAAGCCAAAGGCAUUUUUUACAACUGGACAACCGAUGUUCUGAAAAAGGUGAGCAUUAGCAAUUAACUACUAGAUGUUUUUUUACUCCAUAAUAAACUUAGGGAUUCCCUUUAAUGUAUGUCUGCUUAGACAACAGUGCCAAGGGGUUAGUGUUAGGUAAAGAGAGACUUGGAUUAAAGAAAACAAUUACAAAGAGAUACAUGAAACUAGAUCAACUGCCCUGGGACAGUAUGACUCCCAACAUCGGUGCAGUUUCAGUCUUCAUACAUUUUGUUUCCAGAUUAAGGUCACUAUGACCCUUGACCACUGAAAUCUAAUAAGUAUUUUUUUUACAAGUGACACCUGGGCAAAAUUUGAAGAAAUUCCCUGAAGUCAGUGUUGAGAUAUGAUCAAGAGGCUAGAGACAUUUUUUGUGAGGCCAGUUUGACUUUGUCGGUGUUAGUGAGCCUCAUGUUAGAUCCUCUGUCAGUUACUUAGAGGAGUUUUUGAUUGUUGUGUGUUACCAGCAGAGAUUUUUAUUUAUUUUCCUACUGACUUUUCCUAACAUGCCAUAUAAGUCUGAAGGAGUUAUUCAAGUGCUGGGGUUUCCUUUUUAGAUGGUACGCUAUCCAAGCACGAGCCACAUUUAAAAUUUCAUUUAAAGAAAAAACAAAAGAAGCAAAGGCAUUCUUAAGAUAAGACUCAAGGUUUUUUUAGGUCACCGUGAUGAAAUUUGUAAAACAAAAUCUAAUUAGGUGGUCUUUGAGUUUGAGUAAAAGUGGGUUCCAGAUUUGAAGAAAUUUCCUUGAGGUGUACAUAAGAUGUUCAAUUCUUGAGAUCAAAAACAUACUUUGUGAGGCCACAGUGACUUUUGACCUUUGGCUACUAAUAUCAAAUCAGUUCAUUGUUGAAUCGAGGUGAAUGUUUGUAACAAUUUUGAAUAAAUUCCCUCAAGGUUU